AUGCCGGGUGAAAUACGUAGAAGCGGAUCAUGGAAGCUUUGCUCGGUAUCAGAAGUUGAAUCCGACAAAGCUCUAAUCUGUCUCGCCCCAAUCAUGUGUUGCUUCAUCAUGUGCGGCGUCGUACACUCAACCGGAAACACUUACUUCUUAGAACAAGCAAGUCAUAUGAAGUUGAAUAUAGGAAAGUGGAAGCCUCCUCUUCAGCUGAUGCUGCUGAUCAGCGCCUUUUUCAAGUCUUCGAUAGUUUAUCUAGUGAAAGUGUCAGCGCCUGCGAAAAGUGGUGAUAUUUUCACCGUGUAUUCGGUGGUAUGCUGCGCGGUUGCUGCCGGCGUAGAGAAGCGUAGGAUAAAAGUUCUUAGAAAGCAUAACCUACUCGACCUCCCCGAUGACGGAAAGGUUCCCAUGAGCGCCUGGUGGCUAACUUUCCAGUUCGGAUUAGCCGGCAUGAUGGAACCAUUUUCGGAAUGGGGCUUUGCAGCCUUGUUGGAGGAGUUGGCUCCAAAGUCGAUAAAGAGGUACCAUGAUUGUUUAGUGGAGGGAGGGGGAGGCAAGAACUGGUUUCAGUUCACGUUGAACCAGAGUCGUCUGGAUCGCUAUUAUUGGGUGUUGACAGCUCUGUGUGGUCUCAAUGUAUAUGCAUACCUCAUCGUCAUAUUUUGCAUCUACGGGAGCAGUCGGUUUGAAAUGUUACUAUUGCAAAGUUACUCUAGUGAUGAUGAAGGUUUUCAUGAUUAUGAAAUAUGGAACAUAAAGAAAGGCAGCGCGGUAGAUCUUAUAUGA